AUGUUGUCAGAAUGUGUGGCCUAUGUUAGCUGAUUGAAAAUAGUGGGGUAGAGCCUAUAAUGAAGUACACUCAGUUUAUAUACAUCACCCAUUCACUAUAGGUAUCCCCAUAUCCUACAGUAGCAAUAUGUAUUUGUCGGCUACAUAUCUCUCAAUUGUCUAAAUUUAGACAUUUAAGAAUUUGCUAAACUAUGCUGGGCUCGUUGAACAAGUUGUCCAGUCCAUGAACGUUUCCCGUUACCAUAUACAAUUGUUGGAAAUAUCUGAUAUUUGCGUACGCGUGCUAAGUAUGAGAGAGAGAGAGAGAGAGAGAGAGAGAGAGAGAGAGAGAGAGAGAGAGAGAGAGAGCGCGCGCACCUCAAUGAGCCAAGAGUAUAGGGUACGGAGUAGAGCGCUGGAGAGUGGAGUCAAGUCUAGGAACAGCUUCUUUCACGCCCUGUGUCUUUUUGCUGCGGUGGAGAAGAGGUGCUCAUUUGAACGCCAUGUACCAGAGAACACCUACAUUUUACGCGGAGUGAAGUCAAUUUAAAUACACAUACAUUUUCUUAUCCAAAUUACAUUUUUAAUAACUGCGGGUUAUUCUAAAUGUUCUCUGUGUGAGCUGCUUUUCAGUGAUCAUUGCAUCAUGUUACCAGUCUAAUUUAGGGGUGCCAAAUUCGUCAGGAUGGCAAUGACGAAGAAAGUUUAAAUUGAAAGACAUCAGUAUUCUCCAAGAUGAUUUCUUACCAUUUAUUCAAUCAGUAACUGGUUGAUUAUUAAUGUACAUUUCAUAGGUGUUGCAUGGACUAAUUAUAUUAUUGUCAACAGCAGAACACCAAAAAAAUGGAUCCCUUGUUCACCACAACUGAUUUAAAAUUGCCAAGCAAUUGGACCAACUCUUCAGGGGUCAAUGGAACUGAUCAGGACUGGAACCAGUUUGUGCAACCCGUUUGGAGAAUUGUGCUAUGGGCAUUCGCCUACAGUUGCAUGGUUACUGUGUCUCUGGUGGGGAACGUCGUGGUAAUUUGGAUCAUUAUGGCGCAUAAACGAAUGCGAACUGUGACCAACUAUUUUCUGUUGAACCUCGCGUUUGCUGAAGCGUCUAUGUCUGCCUUCAACACCGUUAUCAACUUCAUCUAUUCCGUGCACAACGAGUGGUACUUCGGGCUGAUGUACUGUCGCUUUCACAACUUCUUCCCCGUCGCUGCUGUCUUCGCUAGUAUAUACUCUAUGACUGCGAUAGCGGUGGACAGGUACACUGCCAUCAUCCAUCCCCUGCAGCAACGGAUGUCAUCCACAGAGACCAAGGUGAUCGUGGGGGUGAUCUGGGUGCUGGCUCUGCUUCUGGCCUUCCCUCAAUACUACUACUCAGUGACCGAGGAGCUCCCUGGACGAAUCAUCUGUUACAUCGAGUGGCCCGAAUACACCGGCUGUGACUACAAAAUUCUGUACUACGUAUGUGUGACUGUGCUGAUCUACUUCCUGCCUCUGCUGGUGAUGGGCUGUGCCUACCUGGUGGUGGGCCUCACCCUCUGGGCCAGUAACAUACCUGGAGACUCCUCUGACCGCUACAAGGAGCAGCUCACUGCCAAACGCAAGGUGGUGAAGAUGAUGAUCGUGGUGGUGUGUACGUUUUCUCUCUGCUGGCUGCCCUACCACGUGUACUUCCUGCUCCACCUGUUCUUCCCCCUCCUGUUUGAGACGCUCUACAUCCAACAGGUGUACCUGGCUGUCAUGUGGCUGGCCAUGAGCUCCACCAUGUACAACCCUAUCAUCUACUGCUGUCUCAACGACAGGUUCCGAGCUGGCUUCAAGCAGGCCUUCAGCUGCUGUCCCUGUGUCCCCACCGGCUCCUACGAGGGUCUGGAGCUCAAGUCCACACGUUACCUGCAGACCCAGGCCAGCAUGUACAAGGCCAGCCGCAUGGAGACCAACGUGUCCUCCGUGCUGCAUGUGGCCGACGACCUGGAGCCUCCCAGGUUUGGGGCCGUAUCUGUGGCCGGGUGUGGGUCCGAGGCGCAGGGGGUUAGCGGAGGGGGAGGGGGGUUGUGUGCAGUAGCGGCACCCAGGUGCUCCUCUCUGGACCUGACCUCUAACGGCUCCUCGUCCCGCAGUGUCUCCAAGAAUGUGUCGGAGACCUCCAGCUUCUACUCUAGCAACAACCUGCCUGAGUAGAGAGGGGAGAGGAGAAUCAGGCACCGCUAAAUC